CGCGGCCCGGGGAGGAGCGUUCCUCGGCCGAGCAACAUCAUGACAACAGAGAAGAGUUUAGUGGCUGAGGCUGAAAAUUCACCACACCAACAACAGAAGGAAGAAGGUGAAGGAGCCCCAAACUCAGGCCAGCAAGAAGCACAGCUAGAAGAGGCUUCUCAGGCGGUUGCUGAGGGAGAUGAUCAGUGCGAGCAGAAGCUAAAAACAUCCAAUGGAGACACUCCUACUCAUGAAGACUUGAUCAGAAACAAGGAGCGGACACCAGAAAGUAGGGGCCUGUCACGCCUUUUCUCCUCAUUUCUCAAAAGGCCCAAGUCUCAGGUCUCUGAGGAGGAAAGUAGGGAAGUAGAGCCAAGUAAAGAGAAAGGGGAAGGAGGUCAGAAAGAGAUAGAAUUAGGUACCUGUCUGGAUGAGGAGAUCAUCUUAAAGGCCCCAAUUGCAGCUCCAGAACCUGAACUCAAGACAGACCCAUCCUUGGAUCUUCAUUCACUAAGCAGUGCAGAAACACAGCCAGCUCAGGAAGAACAAAGAGAAGAUCUGGAUUUUGAAACCAAGGAAGGACUUGAAGAAUGCACUAAAACAGAUGUAAAAGAAGAAAGCCCAGAAUCAAAAGCAGAAAGAGAGUUAAAAGCAUCUCAGAAAUCUGUCAGAAGACACAGAAACAUGCAUUGCAAGAUUUCUUUGUUAGAUGAUACUGUUUAUGAAUGUGUUGUGGAGAAACAUGCUAAGGGACAAGAUUUGCUUAAGCGAGUGUGUGAGCACCUUAAUCUUUUGGAAGAAGACUACUUUGGGCUAGCCAUUUGGGAUAAUACAGCUACUAAGACAUGGCUGGAUUCUGCCAAAGAAAUAAAAAAGCAGGUUCGUGGUAUCCCAUGGAAUUUCACAUUUAAUGUAAAGUUUUAUCCACCAGACCCAGCACAGUUAACAGAAGAUAUAACAAGAUAUUAUUUAUGUCUCCAGCUUCGGCAGGACAUUGUUGCAGGACGUCUGCCCUGUUCCUUUGCAACCUUAGCGUUGUUAGGCUCUUACACCAUCCAGUCUGAACUGGGUGACUAUGACCCAGAACUCCACGGUGUGGAUUAUGUCAGUGAUUUUAAACUGGCUCCAAACCAGACCAAGGAACUUGAAGAGAAGGUCAUGGAACUACAUAAGUCAUACAGGUCCAUGACUCCAGCGCAGGCUGACUUGGAAUUUCUCGAGAAUGCCAAAAAAUUGUCUAUGUAUGGUGUUGACCUUCAUAAGGCAAAGGACUUGGAAGGAGUAGAUAUCAUUCUAGGUGUCUGCUCUAGUGGCCUUCUGGUUUACAAAGAUAAGCUGAGAAUUAACCGCUUUCCUUGGCCCAAAGUGCUAAAGAUUUCCUACAAACGUAGUAGCUUUUUUAUCAAGAUUCGGCCUGGAGAGCAAGAACAAUAUGAAAGUACCAUCGGAUUCAAACUUCCCAGUUACCGUGCAGCUAAGAAAUUAUGGAAAGUCUGUGUAGAACAUCACACAUUUUUCAGACUGACAUCUACAGACACCAUUCCUAAAAGCAAAUUCCUUGCUCUGGGAUCCAAAUUUCGAUACAGUGGCCGAACUCAGGCUCAGACCAGGCAAGCCAGUGCUCUGAUUGACAGGCCUGCCCCACACUUUGAACGAACUGCAAGCAAACGGGCUUCCCGGAGUCUUGAUGGAGCUGCAGCUGUUGAUUCCACAGACCGAAGUCCUCGGCCCACCUCUGCACCAGCCAUUGCUCAGAGCCAGCUCACUGAUGGUAGCGUCCCAGGUGCACCUGCCAGAAAACCAGCAGUGUCUAAACCACAGAAGGAGACUGUGCAGGUGGAAGUGAAAAAGGAAGAAGUGCCACCUGAGCAGGCAGAACCUGAACUCACAGAAGCUUGGAAGGUGGAUAAAACCCACAUUGAGGUCACAGUACCUACCUCGAAUGGUGACCAAACACAGAAGCUUGCAGGAAAGUCUGAAGAUCUGAUAAGAAUGAGGAAGAAAAAGAGAGAGAGACUAGAUGGUGAAAACAUUUAUAUCAGACAUAGCAAUUUAAUGUUGGAGGAUUUAGACAAAAGUCAAGAUGAAAUCAAGAAACAUCAUGCCAGCAUCAGUGAGCUGAAAAAGAACUUCAUGGAAUCUGUACCAGAACCAAGGCCUAGUGAAUGGGACAAACGCUUGUCCACUCACUCCCCCUUCCGAACCCUUAACAUCAACGGGCAAAUUCCCACAGGAGAAGGCACUAUAAAUGGCAUUCGAACAGAGGCAGUGGCUGCCGUGACAAAGGGGCCAGCUUCCAGUCCUGACUCUGAAUGGAAGGGCGCCCAACAUUCAGUAAUUUCUAGUAAGAGCCAAAUGAGCACCCCAGUGGAGUCUCCACAAAGCUUUGACUUUGGUUCCCUCUCCUUAAACAACAAGGAGACAGAAGAGAAGGAGCCAGGGGCAGCUGGCCAUUGUGAUAUUAAGGACCUGCCAAGAGGCCCAAGAGGGGAAUGUUUAGAAUUGAAGGAACAGACCAGUGCCUUAACGCUCUCAGUAACACCAACUUCCUCUCAACUGCAACUUGGUGAACAAAAAGCAGAGAGUAGCGAAGACCAUGUUUUACCAGGAGAGCCACUUGGAAAACAAAAUGGAUCAUUUAUUGACUCUGGUGUGGACAGCCAGUUCCCCACCCUCAUUCGAAGUUUCCAGCCUCCCUUGGUGAAGACUCAGACUGUCACCAUCUCAGACCCUGCCAACGCUAUGAAAAGUGAGAUCCCAACCAAAGACGUCCCUAUUGUCCACACUGAAACAAAGACCAUCACUUAUGAAGCUGCCCAGACGGAUGACAGCAAUGGGGACUUGGACCCAGGAGUCCUGCUGACAGCUCAGACCAUCACGUCAGAAACCACCAGCAGUACCACCACGACUCAGAUCACCAAGACUGUAAAAGGUGGGAUCUCAGAGACCCGGAUUGAAAAGAGAAUUGUGAUCACAGGCGAUGCUGAUCUCGACCAUGACCAGGUCCUCGUGCAGGCCAUCAAGGAGGCAAAGGAGCAGCACCCCGACAUGUCAGUGACGAAGGUGGUCGUCCAUCAGGAGACUGAGAUCUCUGAAGAGUGAGCUCAGGAACUAACCUCUCCCUAACCCUCCCCAGCUUCCAUCCAAGAGAAACCAGCAAAAUGAUCAAGAAGAGAGCCUGUCUCUAUAGAACUUCAGACCUUCAAGAUUAUUCUAAACCACUGGGAAAUUGAUUCAUUUUCUAUUUGGAAUUUAUACCAAGAGAAUCUCCUAGAAAUCAUUGAUCCUUUGAAGUACUUUUUCUACAUUGUGAUAACAAAUUUGUUCAACUUUUCACUCUAUGGACUGUUUUUAAAAUAGCUUUUUUUUUUUUAAUGGGGUGGUUUAUAACCCCUUCAAUCUAGCCUCUCCUCAUGUAUAUCCAACCCAGAUACUGACAGAGUCCACAGAAUUGGGGGUUUCUCCAAACACUCUGUCUUCUGUGUUGGGGGCCAAAGCCAGCUUAAUGGGGCUUCUCUGACCCAUCCCCAGUUUUAUACCCUUUGGUUGACAACACCAGCCCCCUCUCAGGGCCAGUCCUGGGACUUUACCAGAAAGUGCCCUGAGCCAUUGGCCAUGGGAAACUGUCCCGUCCCUUUGCUGAAUGUGGUUUUAUGGGGGGCAGAGAGCUCUGCUAAGAAUGUAUUGUUUUCCUCCCUCCCUCCUGCUCUUUCUUUUGGAGCCUCUUUAGAUCAAAGACAAGAAGUUGCUUCAGAUAUAUCUAAUACUGUGAAUGUUGGGACAGACCCGUGGCCUUCACCUCCCUGCCCUCCCUCUCAGCUACCCUUUUACCUCGUCUAAAGCUGCGGCCCUGCUCUGUGCCCCCACUCCCAUCUCAGGAGACCAUAACUCACGGGAAAAUAGGCACUUUGGGCCAAAACCUCUAAUGGCACAUUUUAUAGUAGUGAUUUGGGCAAGGAAAGUUCAUGAAGUUUUGCUAGUUCUGGGUUUUCUUUGCUAGUUUUGGAACUGAGUGCUGCAUGUGGUGUUACCUCUGUUGGCUCCUGCUAAGGAUUCAAGUUGCCCUUCUCUGGGCCUCUCCCUUUCCUCGUGGGGUGGUACAAAGCCACCUGACAGGAUGAUCUGACCUGUCUUAUGCCCACCCCACCACUGUCCACAGACACCACUUAUGGGGGCCACCCUCCCCAGCCCCUCAGGACAAGGAAUACAAAUACCAGCUCUGCUCUUCCCUCUCACCAUUUAGGUCUGUUGGGUUUUGUACGCUUGCUUCUUGCAGUGGGUGUUGGGCUUAAUUUUUUUUAGUGGAUUUCGUUUUGAAAAUUAGGACAAAUGUCCCCAUUCCACCAUUCUUGGUAAAGAUUCAAAAGCAUUUUUAUUCAUUGGGCCUCUCUAAUCUUGCAGAUCUGCCCAAAAGCCUGACUCCUUACUCAAACAGGAACUUCCCAUGGCAGAGGGUCCCUGUCACAAACCAGCAGGGCCUAGGCAGUAAGCAAGAGAAACUGGUCCUACUGCUGUUGCUCCCAACAGUGUGGUGAGUGACAUGGCCAGAGUCUGCUGGUGGGUUUAGACCAACGUGGGGCCAUGACAGAUAUUCUCUCAGGACAAGAAAUGCUCAGGCAGGGUGUGUGGCUGUGCAGAGAACAGCUGGGAGCAGUGCUCAUAGGGUCCAAAAUGAGGGAGUUUUCCAGAGUGUGCCUCAGACUGGACAAUGUUGCCAGGCAUGGUAAGAAACCCAGCUCCUAGCCCAUCCCCAUGCCUGCUCCCGCUGAGGCCAGUAGUGUGCAGAGGGGGGACAUUCAGCUGACAGCAGUAUCUGCUGUCCAGAGCAUGCAGUGCUUUCAUAGCAUAGAGCCCACGCCUCUCCUCAGCUCUCCGAGGCUGCUCCUGUUCAUCUAUCACCCAGACUGUUGGAUCUGGUUAGCCACCUGUCUUGUGUCAUGGAGCCAGAGUGAUAGUACAGCAGGCAGAGCACUUACCUUGUACAAGGUUAAACUGGGUUCCAUUCCUGGAACCCUCUACUGACUCCUGAGCCCAGGAGUAAGCC